AGAGGACGACACAGCAAGGACUGUAAUUACGAAGAAGAAGACGCAUGCCCGGAACCCGGAAACAGUUUGACGUCACCAUAUUCCCAAAGAUGGCGGCGUUGGUCGCCCCUCGCCUGGCCAUGCUUGGCUCCUUUUCAUCAAGACCUAUUUCAGUAUUUGCUCUUCAACAGAGGAGUCUGUUCAACAAUGCUAAAAGUGAAAACAAGUGCACAAGUGUGGUUCCAGUGAGAGAGAAGAGCUUGUCAACGGCAGUAGGUGCAACAUCACUCGCAAGCAAGGGGGAGUAUGUUAUCACCAAGAUUGAUGAUCUGGUCAACUGGGCUCGCAGGAGCUCUCUGUGGCCUAUGACCUUUGGGCUGGCUUGCUGUGCCGUAGAGAUGAUGCAUAUGGCGGCACCCCGUUAUGACAUGGAUCGCUUCGGAGUGGUAUUUAGAGCGAGUCCCCGGCAGACUGAUGUCAUGAUUGUGGCGGGGACGCUGACCAAUAAGAUGGCCCCAGCUCUAAGAAAGGUGUAUGACCAGAUGCCUGAGCCCAGAUACGUCAUUUCCAUGGGAAGCUGUGCUAAUGGAGGAGGCUACUACCACUACUCCUACUCUGUGGUCAGGGGCUGUGACAGAAUCGUACCAGUGGACAUCUAUGUUCCAGGUUGCCCCCCCACUGCAGAGGCUCUUCUCUACGGAACCUUACAGCUGCAGAGGAAAAUCAAACGUGAGAGGAAAAUUCUGCUCUGGUAUCGGAAGUAGCUGUUUCAUGUGUACUCUUGUGUCUUCUGUAUAAAUGUAGUAUUCCAGAUUUAAUUCGGCGUCCUGCUUCUCUUUUACGUAAAUCUGCCGAACUGAUGAAAAUAAAAUUUCUGUUCUAAUUUA